UCUUCACCAAGAUUUUGUCACCAUCAUCAUCUUGCAAUGGCUGCCUUUUCUGGUUCUUCACCAUUUCUCUCCCACACCUUAAGACCAAACGACUUUGCCUCAUCACAAACACCUCCUCCUCCAACUCCACCAAACCUUCCUUCACAACCAAACCCUCCAACUCCACUUCAAAGUACAAGUUCAUCAUCUCAGCAGCAAAAGCCCGUCUCACUAAAUGUGGAACAACAAAGGCCCUCCAAGACAGAGGCUGACUCUACAGACUGGAUAGCUUCGAGCUUAACCAGGCGGUUUGGGCUUGGAGCUGGCCUCGCCUGGGUGGCCUUUCUCGCAGUUGGUGUAGUCUCUGAACAGGUUAAGACCCGCCUUGAAGUCUCUGAACAAGAAGCUAACACAAGAAAUGUUGAGAGAGAAGAAGAGGUAGUGUUGCCUAAUGGCAUAAGAUACUACGACUUGAAAGUUGGCGGCGGGGCAACUCCGAGGCCAGGAGACUUGGUGGUGAUCGAGCUCAAGGGGGAGGUAGCAGGCAGUGGGCAAGUGUUUGUGAAUACAAUAAUAAAUGACAAGAAGAGGCCUUUGGCUCUAGUACUGGGGUCUAGGCCUUACAGCAAAGGACUAUGUGAAGGGAUAGAGUAUGUGCUCAGAUCAAUGAAGGCUGGGGGUAAAAGAAGAGUAAUAAUUCCUCCUAACUUGGGAUUUGGAGAAAAUGGUGCAGAUUUAGGCCCUGGUCUGCAAGUUCCUCCUUCUGCAACUCUAGUGUAUACUAUUGAGAUUGAAAGAGUUUCAAUUGCACCAGCAUAAACAGGAACAAUUUUUAUCUUCAAAGAAAUGUCUAAUCUCUUGAUUAUGUUCACCAUUCUACAGACUCGUAUCUUAUAGUUCUUUUAUGCAAUUGCGACAUGAAUGUAUACCAUUGAUUAAACAUGUAAAUCCGAAUUAUG